AUGCAUUCAGCACCGAGAGUUUUUAAAAUCGUACAAAAUUUCUUCAACCACAGAGAGGUAUCACUGAUAUUCCUUUUCAGCUUUGAUGAAUAUUUUUAUUACAGAUAAAUUCAAUAACCACUACUAUCUUGAUAUUUCUCUUUUUGUACACAUCCACGGUCACUUUAUUGGGCGAGAAUUUUUGUGAGUGAACCGAACUUCUUAUUUCAUUGAAUUUGGUGUUCAGUGAAUCCACUUGCCGAUCAUAUUGUUCCUGUUACAAAUACAAAUGAAAAUGGAACAGUCCGCACCGUGUUUAUUCUUUUUAUUCUUCUGGUAGCAGGACUUUUCGCUGCAAAAUUAUCAAAUGUUUUGAGGAUUCCACCACUUUUCGGUAAUCUUUGGAGCUUGUCAGUAAGUUGUGAAAAUAUUGUUUUAGGAUGUUUGGUAGUAGGAAUCGUUAUCAGGAAUAUACCAGUUUUGUAUCAGUUCUUUCUCAUUCCUCCUUUAUUAGAAACUAUGAUUAGGAAGCUUGCUCUUGUGAACAUUGUCAUCCGAUGGGGACUGGCUACUGAUGUUCAUUUUUUCUACAAAAAUGCGGUAUGGACCUUGAAAAUUGCAGUAAUUACAUCUAAAAAUUAAUAAAUGUUCAGUUAUUGCCACUUACAAUCGGACUCGUAACAGCUAUAGGAGAAAUAAUUGCAGUCACAAUUGCCUCGUACUUUAUUCUCAAUAUUUCGUUCAUUAUGUCCGUUCUCUGUGCGUAAGUAUCAUACUAAAGUAAAAACGAAAAUGAUUUUCCUUGCUUUAGCAUUAUCCUUGUCACCGUAUCGCCCGCGGUCACGGUCCCCGCUAUGAUCUCUUUUAAGGAUAGAAAUCUUGGAGCGUUGAAGCGAAUUCCGGAAAACGUUCUCGCCGUUUGUUGCGUCGAUAAUCUAUUUUGUGUCAUUUUGUUCAUGGUACUUUCAUCGAUAACUUUCAGUGACGGUUGGUUCACUUUCGUUGAGUUUCACAAUAUCAAUUUCAGCUUCUAUCGCAACAACCAUUCUGCUCAAUGCAGGGACCAUUGUUCUUGGAGUCAUUGGAGGCGUCAUUCUUGGAUGGCUGCUCUGGAAAUUCCCUAGACCCGAUACCCCACACACCCAAUUUGCCAGAAUAACUCUGCUCGGAACAAUUUCAAUUUCACUGAUGAUCGGGACACACCUCCUCAAAUACUCUUGCUCUGGAUUCAUUGCUGCACUUGUCUUAACCGCAAUGUCUGCUAUGAAAUGGAAGACUGACAACGAAAACAAGAUCGAUUCUGUGGUUUCGACAUACCGAUACAUCUGGGACUGCUUCGGCUUGCCACUUCUCUUUAUCUGUCUCGGAUUGAAGUUUGAUCUAUCAACGGUUAGAAAAAAAACAUGGUGGGAAAUAUAAUUUUUGUCUAGCUUACAUGGGAAAUUGUGUUGCUUUGCUUUGCGGUCAUUGCAAUUGGUUUGGUUGCGAGAACUAUUCUGAUCGUUCUUGUAACUUUACCCUCCAACAUGAACAUGAAAGAACAAGUCGUGGUCGCAUUAAGUUUGCUGCCAAGAGCUACAUUCCAGGUAGGAGAUCUUUAAACUACAUCAAAGAUGCGUUUAUUUUAGGCUGAUCUUGCCCCGACGCUUCUCGUUAUGGCGGCUCCGUUUCCGGAAAUGUCCAAAGACGCUGCUCUAAUUAUGAAAGCCGCAAUCAUUUCCGUUCUAGUCACUGCUCCAAUUUUUGACGUCUUACUCAAUAUAAUUGGUUCGAAAUGUUUGAAAUCACACACCUUGGUAACGGUUACUUAGAAAUCUUCAUUAAUAAAAACAAAGUUCAGGACUCUUUGUCGAUUCGAAAGACAUCUGUUAGUGUUCCGGCCAACACCACAAGUUACUUAAAUUUCGGAAAAACGAAUCCGGAGCUGCAAGAAAAACGCAUCAGAGCGAACAAGACGGAAAUGGCGGAGGAGUAG